AUGUCUACAGCCAACACUCGUCUCUCUCUCCUCUCGGCAAGUCUGGCUAGCAGUCCGCCCGUCAUGGCUCCGAACCCUUCAGCCUCGGUGCGCCAGCCACUCAAGCUCCUCAUGCUACACGGCUACACCCAGUCCGGAACCCUCUUCCACGCAAAAAGUCGUGCCCUGGUCAAACAUAUCCAGAAAGCCUUCCCCCUACAUGAAGUCGACGCCGUCUACCCGACCGGACCCCUGCGUCUGAGAGCUAGUGAUAUUCCGGGCUACGAGCCAUCCGACAAUGCAGAGGAAGAGGAGAUCGAGGCCUACGGCUGGUGGCGCCGGUCAAACACAGCAGACCCGCCACUGUACCAGGGAAUGGAUGAUGGACUGGCAGCAGUGGCCAAGGUCAUUGCCGAACAAGGUCCCUUUGACGGCGUGAUUGGUUUCUCGCAGGGCGCUACCAUGGCGGCGAUGGUAACUGCGUUGUUGGAGCCGGGCCGGAAAGAGGCAUUCCAGCAUUUUGAGAAAGAUACGUCUGAAGGCGCGCCGGGAAUUCCGUUCCCUACGGCUUUCGAGAAGCUGCAGCAUCCGCCGCUCAAGUUUGCGCUGUUGUAUUGCGGGUUCCGUGCUCCUGGGGCGAGGUAUCGUGCUUUCUAUGAGAACCCGCCUAUUCAGACGCCGGCGCUGCAUAUUCUAGGGACUUUGGAUUCGGUUGUUGAUGAAUCGAGGAGUAAAGCGUUGAUGGACGCUUGUGCUGGGGAGCCGGAGAAGGACGGGUCGGUGGUUUUCCAUCCCGGUGGCCACUUUGUGCCCAGUCAGCGGCCUUACCUUGAUGCUGCGGUGCAAUUUAUUCGGAAACAGCUGGAGAAGGAUAAUAAUGGCAUUAAUGGGAAUGCGAAGGAGGAAGAUGUGAAUGAUAUGGAUGUGCCAUUUUGA